AUGCACGUCCACAUGCGAGCUGCACUCGAGGAACCGGCUGAUGGGAAAAUCCCGUCUCAGCAGCAGCAGCAGCAGCAGCAGCAGCAGCAGCAGCAGCAGCAGCAGCAAGCAAGAGCCCUUUCUAAAAAUUGUUCCGCCGCCACUUCACUGCCCGACGCAAAAAGGGCGUUGCUACAAACACUUAGGCGAGGGCGCAAGCCGCCUUUCACACCGCUGCUCAUCGUCAAAGCCAAAAAGCCAUCGUCGCUGCCAAAACCACCAGCCCUACUCUGCAACGCGGAUCGAAAGAGGUCCGAGUGGAUUAAAGUGUAA